AUGUGGCUCAAGUUGCCUGACGUUAUCUGGUACAACGUUACUUGUUAUUUAUCAACAAAUGACAUCAUACAUUUGUCUCAAACAUGUCGAUUUCUGUUUGAUUGCAUUAGUAAUAGCAACCGCUUUUGGUGCCAUUUGAUUCGUGUGCGUUUUGGUCGAAAAGUAUUACAACGAUAUACCAUCGAUUUGUUUCAACAAUCAAACGAUGAUUAUGAACUCUAUCGGCAUAUUGAACAAGAAACGGAUAUACGUUAUGAGUAUGAAGCAAUACCAAAAGAUUUUUUUCGAUUUAAAGGAUGGUGGCCUAAAAUAAAUGCAGCAGAGUACCGUUUUGGAUUUGCUCUAGUUCGGUCGUAUCGAUUUUAUUUACAACGUCUUCAGCUAAAAAUGGCGGUGACCGAAGAUAGAUUUCGUUUACAAGUACGCUAUUCACACAAGUUCAAUAACGAGAAAUUGAAUCCAUAUCGAAACUCAGUUCUAUUAUCGAAAUUACUCUUUUACUAUUUGUACGAUGUUAAACGACUUAUGAGUAUAGACGGCUCGAAAGCGACUCAUCGAAUAUUUUCUCAUGUAAUGCCAGGCAAAUAUACUGUUGUCUGGCGAAUUCAACUCGAUAAUCCGCGGGCUGGUUUGUGGCAUGAGCAGCAUGUCGAAUUCACUUCUUUACCGGAGUAUGGUGAGCUUGCCGUUAGUAGUUGGACAAACAAAAUUAUUAAAUCAAAAUGGGAACUGAAUGGUACAAAUUGGUUUCACGAAACUAUGGGCACGAUAAUUGUUUACGACAUAUCAAACGUGUACGUUGCAUUAACAUAUUAUCAUAGCCGUCCAUUCGGAAUGCGCUGGGACUACGUUGAUUUGAAAAUUACUGUUUGA